AUGGACACGAAUCAGCGCAGCCAGCCGUACCGCUCCUACGCGGCUCUCGCAUGUGCCACCGUCGCGAGACUUUCUGCAGAAUACCCGGCGAUUCCGCUCGUCUUUGGAGUGUCGGUGCUGGCUGGCGCGCUCGCCGUGUAUGUAUCGACGGGAUCUCCGCGUUGGAAGGGGGCCCCAAUUCUCUUCAGUCACGGCAGGAGCCGUGAGCAAAGCAGCUUCUACAAAAAUAGGACCCAUUCGGCAGCCUUGGCCGCCGUUUGCACAUCCACGCGGACGCCAUGGUCUACCGGUAGGGAGGAGGACGUGCUGCCGGAGACGGUGGCGGAGGUCGGCGAAGCCCUGCACGGUGAUGCGGAGCAACGGAGUUUACCUGCACCGUCGAGGCUUGACUCUCCGCAGCAGCCGCGUCCUGCCUCCCCGCACUCCGCAUUUCCGAUUCCGCUCCCUUCUCGUCAAUGCAAGCACUGCGCACAUCGCCAGCACAACUGCGCCACCGCCAAUGAGUUCAGUGCAUCCGCCGCGGCGGUGCGGGCGCCGACGGCAAUCGGUUCCUCCGAAGAAGUGCUUGGCACCCAUCAGUUUUACCGGAGCCCUAGCGAAUGCGCUAGCAAUAGCAGCGACGUUGAUACGCCCACAGUUCUCUUUUCAAGCGGUGCGGCGCUUAGUGAUGAGGCGGAGGACCCGCAUUUUGGCGAGGUUGGAUGGAAUCCCGCAGUCUUCUUGACGCUGGAUGGGGUCUCUGAGGCUCCGCUUGCGUGUGGCGAGGAAUGCACAGCUGGGCGAAGUGGCUCAGACGGGAGGCGGGAGUUUGGGGAGACGGAGGAGGUCGCGGGGGGAACGUUGCAGCAAACCCUCUCACACCUGAUCGGCGCCUCCGCGGUGGCCCGGCCAGCACGCGCGAGUUCCAGUCGGGCGGCCAGCUUGGCGGCCAGCUCACAAGUGGGGCAGUACCAGUCGAGGUCUGUUUCCGUUUCCCUUGACGGGCGGGCGGCGAGCGCGGCGGCGGACGCGUUAGCCGCGACGGACUUGGGUGAGUUGGAGAUGGAGGAGAGCGUCGGCGAGCUUGUGGCCACCUGGAGUUACCCCCGCGCCUCCUCCGAAGCCGCCGCGGGGCACGGCGAGGAGUGCGUGCUGGCGGAGUUCCCGGGCGGCGCUGCCAGGCCGGUGCAGCUUGAGGCGCAGCUGCGCAGCCUGGAGACGCGACUAGAGCAACAGCUGCGCGGCUCAGUGGGCCGCUGUGAGGCCAAAACUCCCGCCACCUGCCACGACGCCGAGGCCGCCGCAGCUUUGCCGACAGCCGGGAGCCGUCAUGAGGGGGAGCAGCCCAACACGAGACUCUCCUCCACGGACAGGGCCGACGCCUUUUGUCCGCCACGGCGGGAUGCGUCGUGGGUGCACCAGCAACGAACGCCGGCAUCCCCUGCCGCGGUGCCCCAGGAACAUGAUCGGCGCGUGGAUGACGUCUUCGUGCGCCCCCGCGGCGACGGUGCCGCCUCCUACUCGUUGUCGCUGACCUACCACGACGCCUACGGUACCGCGCGCACCAUCGACACGCAAACCCUGCCACCGCUAAACCUGCCCCCACGAAGUGCGGCCGCCACACCGAGUAGCACAGCGUUCACGGGUUCUGCCACCUCAUCUCGGCAAACUCCGCCGUCUUUACAGGAAUUUAGGCGCGACGCUAGUAGACGUCCGCUUGCGGCCACCGGCUACAGCAAUUCCAAGUCCAAUAUUGGUCUUCUUGUGGCUCCGCUGCCCCCUCUGGAGCCGAACACGGGGCCCCACCUGCAAGGGUUUGCAGGAAGGAGAGGCGAGCUUCGCAUUGGCGCCUUUUUGGGUGGUGGAUGUUGCGGGAAGGUGUACGAGUGCCUGAACACCGAAACAGGUGAGGUGCUCGCGGCUAAGCAGCUCCUAUUUGAUGCCAAGGACCCAAGGCUGCGGUUUCGGCUGAGGCAGUUGGAGUUAGAGCUGGAGGUGUUAACCCUGGCAACGCGCCACGGCAUGCCCUGGAUCGUCGGCUUUCACGGUGCGGAGAAGCGAGGGCACUCGGUUCUUAUGUAUUUAGAGUACUGCCCACGUGGUUCACUGCUGGACUACAUGCUUUCCAGCAGGGCGCAGCCGCCGCUGGCCACGUCCCUGGGGUUGUCCACGGCUUCUGUGUCCAGCCUCAGGGGGGCAGCGGCGGAGCAGACGGACGCACCGUCGUCCGCGGCCGAGGCAGCCUCGCGGGUUGAGCAGCAAAGGCAGAAGAAGAAGACGACGACGAUGCCGACGGUGAUGAUGACUGGGGGAAGUAGUGACGGAGGCUCACCCCUGUCUUCCACGGCGACGUCGCUUUGCUUUUCCGCCGCAGCAACCCCGUCCCAGAAGAAGCCUGCAGAGCCUGAGAUAACGCUUCUCUCAAUAGAGGAGGUGCAGCAUUUUACGCGGCAGAUUGUCGAGGCCCUGCACUUUCUCCAUUUUCAUGGAUACGCCCACUGGGAUGUAAAAACGGCGAAUAUUCUCGUCACCGAGGAGAGGGAUGCGCGGCUUGCGGACUUUGGGUGCUCCACGCGCCUGCGGCGAAGUGUGGCGGGGUCCGAGACCUGCGAACCGCCAGGGCAGAAGGAAGGCGCAUUUCAUGAAGCUGCGACGUGGCACGCGGGUGCCGCCGCUGGCGCCGCCGCUGGAGCCGCGUCCAGGGAAACCCCCGAGGCUGCGGCCUCACCCCCGUAUCCUGUUCUUGCCGACGAUGACGCCAUCAUGGGGCUUCGUGGCACGGCGGUGUACAUGGCCCCCGAGAUGAUUCGCUUUGAGCGCUAUCGCCUUGGCACCGCCGCUGAUGUGUGGUCGCUUGGAUGCGUGGUGAUGGAGCUCGCGACGGGCGCCGCCCCAUGGCGACACUUGGCGAAGGACAAACUGAGGGUCCUCUUUCGCGUCGGCUCCGCCCGCGAGGAGCUGCCGCUGCCGCCAAACGUCGUGCGGGCGGCGGAGGCGGCGCGGGGCUGGUUGGCACGCGCGGAGGACCGCCCAGCGGCGGCGGAGUGGCCGAAUCGCCGGCGUCUGCAGGUGCGAGGCGGCGGGGGCGCGACGGAAGCCGAGGCGGAGGCCGCGCGCCGGUGCGCGGGUGACCCGCCGGGUUGCGCCGAACGCCACCGGCGCAUGCGUUUGCUUGUUGCCCUGGAGGCUUUUCUCGCGCUUUGCCUGCGAAUUCGCCCGGACGACCGGCCGCGCUGCGAGGAGUUGCUGCUCCACCCCUUCCUCGCCGCCGGCUGA